AUGAUUGAUACUCUGGAACUCACUUUCAUGAUUUGGUGGUGUAUGAUGCUGUUUCAUCUCUUGCAUGCUGACAUUCACUGUAUGGGGUCAGAGGCACAAGAAUCACCUAUUACAAGCGUGAAAAUGAACUGGAGAAAAAUGGAACUGUCCUGGGAGAGCAGCAAGAAUUUCUCUAAGUACACAUGCACCCUCAUGGACAGGGAUAUGGAAAGUAUACGAAAAGAGGUGAAUAGUCCACUAUGCAGGUUUCCAGUGGAACAAUACGUGCCUCUGCACAAAGGGGUAGACUUUGUCAUUGAAGUGCCAGACACAAACAUCUCAAAAACUUGCAGCUUUAUCCCUGGAGGCAUGAAUGGGUCAGCAAUUGAAAACUUCUCCUGCGUGAUUUAUAAUGUUUCCCUCAUGAACUGCACUUGGCAGGCAGGCAAGGAUGCUCCAGGAGAUACUCAGUAUUUUCUCUACUGGCAGAACUCGAGAGACGAUGAUGUGAUGGAAUGUGAGCUUUACACUAAAGAUGAAAACGGCAGAAACACGGGAUGUAGAUUCCUAAAUGUGAGGAUAGAGACUGAAAAAGCUUACUUCCUGGUGAACGGGUCUAGCAAAGACUCCUUGAUCCAGUUCUAUGAUGAGUACAUUCCACUGUAUAAAAUUGAAAUACUAACUCCUCCAUUAAAUGUCACUGUCACUUGUACUAGAGGUUCAGCUGGUUGCGUAAUUACAUGGCAACCACCCCGUACAAGUCACGUGGAAAAAGUACAGUGUUUUCAGUAUGAAAUUAGCAUACAAAAUAAGGAUGAACCCAAAGAAGAGAAAAAACAUCCUUCUGUAAGAAACAACAGAUAUGAAUUCCAAAACUACAAUGAGAAAAAAAAUUACAUUCUGAAAAUCAGAGCGCGUGGAAAAAACUGUCUCGUAAGCUCAAGCUGGGGGGAAUGGAGUAAACUCAUUGAGUUUGGAGAAGGGAAAAAACCCUCUAUUUUUGUGAUUUUACUUCCGAUAGCACUUGGAACAACCUUAGUGACACUGCUCCAGUAUUGUCUUUUCAAAAGGUAUUGCAGUUUCAAAAGCGUAUUUUCUCCCAUUCCACAACCAAGAGACAAAUUUAAUACAUCAGCUGAUGAAGAUAUCCAGACAGAAUACGUAAAUCUACCAAAAAAGAGUUGUACUGAAGAAGUAACUAUGGUGGAAGAGAUGACCUGA